AUGACCCACCUCGUGAGCAAUCCUGUCAGGAUGACGCUGCUGGCAGGUGUGGCCGCGUUCGCUACUUCGCCGGUGUCAACCAUCGCCCAGGCCACCCUGCCCACGGGUCACACCAUUUCUGUGCGGCACGGGGACAUCACCAGCGAAGACUCGGACGUGAUCGUCAACGCGGCCAAUCGUCACCUCCGGCACGGCGGCGGCGUGGCUGGCGCCAUAUCGCGCAAGGGCGGACCCGCGAUCCAGGCCGAAAGCAAUGAUUGGGUGGCACGGCAUGGGGCGCUCAACGACGGUAACGUCGCAGUCACCUCCGCGGGGAACCUGCCCGCCCGGUACGUGGUGCAUGCGGUGGGCCCUGUCUGGCACGGGGGCGGAGACCAAGAGGAGACCAAGCUCGAGAAGGCGGUGCUCAACAGCCUCAAGAAGGCCGAGGAGCUGCAAGCGCGGAGCGUGGCUCUUCCGGCCAUCUCCUCGGGCAUCUUCGGGUUCCCCAAGGAGCGUUGUGCCGAGAUCAUGGUGCAGACGACGACCGAUUUCUACCACCAGCAAAAGCCCACGCGCCUCAAGGACGUCAGGUUGACCAAUUUUGAUGCGGAGACGGUGGGCAUCUUCAAGCGGAAGCUCACCGAGAAGUUCCCCGCUGCGCGCGUGCACAGCGAACUGUGA